UAAAAACACACGGUGCCGGUGACGGUUUUACGGAUGGACGUGAUUCGCGGAGCUCCGAGACCGGCUCGCCGUCAAACUGCUGACUAAAACAUGGUCCAUUUGAACAAAUGCACGUUAGUGCGGAUCACGGCUGCCACGGUAACGGCGGAAGACGAGUCUACCGAAUGGGAUUUAAAGAUCCGCGGUGACGGUUGCGGUGCUUUGGUAUAAUAUAUGACAUAAAGGGCCGUGAAGAGAUCAUGUUUAUUGUUUCAUUGAUACGACUGUGAUUGUCGAGCGAAAGCUUCAAAGCUGUCGCCGCCGAAUCGGGGCUGGAAACAUUUUUCACAAACGUUACGGCACAUCAAAGCAAGAUGACAGCGGAAAAUACAACCAUUAAAAGUCGGAUUAAACAUCUGCUCCGAGCGCCAUCCAUCAAAUUAAGAAGGAGCAAAGCUGGCAACAACAAGGAGAAUCUCAGUAAUAAGGUGACAUUGGAGAAAGUUCUGGGAAUCACUUCCGCUGGGAAUCGGGCUUUGGCGUGUGAUCCACACUCGGGGCUGGUGGCCUAUCCAGCCGGGUGUGUGGUGGUGCUACUGAAUCCUAAGAAAAAUAAACAACAUCAUAUUCUCAACAGCUCCAGGAAAACUGUCACCACCCUGUCCUUCUCUCCUGAUGGCAAAUAUGUGGUCAUGGGCGAGAGUGGUCAUAUGCCGGCGGUGCGCGUCUGGGAUGUGGCGGAGAGGACGCAGGUGGCCGAAUUGCAGGAACAUAAGUACGGCGUGGCGUGUGUGGCUUUCUCCCCCAACAGCAAAUAUAUCGUCAGUGUGGGUUACCAGCACGAUAUGAUCAUUAACGUCUGGGCCUGGAAGAAAAAUGUUGUGGUUGCUGCCAACAAAGUCUCCAGUAAAGUGUCGGCCGUGUCUUUCUCAGAUGACAGCUCGUACUUUGUCACGGCAGGAAACAGACACGUGAAGUUCUGGUACCUGGACCACACAAAGUCAUCCAAGGUUAGUGCUACUGUGCCAUUACUGGGUCGCUCUGGUCUUCUGGGAGAACUGCGGAAUAACUUUUUCAGCGAUGUCGCCUGCGGAAAGGGCCGGAAGGCGAGCAGCACAUUUUGCAUCACUUCCUCUGGGCUGCUUUGUGAGUUCAAUGACAGAAGAAUGCUGGACAAAUGGGUGGAGCUUAGGAGAAGUGACAGUUUCGCAACUAGUAUGGCCACAUCUUUGUCCGUCUCUGAGGAUCUGAUAUUUUGUGGCUGUGCUGAUGGUACAGUAAGAGCUUUCAGCCCCAUUGACCUGCACUUUAUUUGUACGCUGCCUCAUCCUCACAGCCUUGGUACAGACAUCGCUGCUGUGACUGAAGCCAGCCACCUUUUUGCCUACAAGGAAAACGUCCGCUAUCCUGACACAGUUGCCGUGUCCUAUGACCCCACAAGCCACUGGCUGUCCUGCGUUUACAACGACCACAGUCUGUACGUAUGGGAUAUUCGUGAUCUCCGUAAAGUGGGCAAGGUAUAUUCGGCCCUCUAUCAUUCAUCCUGCGUUUGGAGCGUGGAGGUGUAUCCAGAGAUGAAGGAUGAAGAGUCACGUUUGUCUCCCGGGUCCUUCCUUACCUGCUCGUCCGACAACACGAUUCACUUGUGGAACAUAGACGGUCAAAACACAACCCUUAACCGAAACGUCAUCAGUGGCGACCUCCAGAAGGUCAUUUAUAUGGACAGCAACACCUCCACACUUGUCGACACAGAUUGCAUCUCCAGUAAUUCAGAAAAGGUCGACCCACAAACAUCAGAUAACCGGACGGGCAUUAGGACCCUGUGUGUAAGCCCAGAUGGGCUGCAUUUGGCUUCAGGGGACCGCAAUGGAACGCUGAGAAUCCAUGAUCUAGAGAGUAUGGAAGAGAUUCUGGAUGUGCAGGCUCAUGAUGCUGAGAUCUUGUGUCUGGAGUACUCUAAACCUGAGACUGGGUUGAAGUUGUUGGCCACCGCCAGUAGAGACCGACUGAUUCAUGUUCUGGAUGCUGAUAAGGAGUACAGCCUCCUACAAACACUGGAUGAACACUCAUCCUCCAUCACUGCUGUCCGAUUCGCCGAAAACGAUGGAAAAGUCAGAAUGAUCACGUGUGGCGCGGAUAAGAGUAUCUAUGUCCGCACGGCACAGAAGACAGAAGAAGGUACAACAUUCACCCGAACUCAUCACAUAGUGAGAAAGACUACACUGUAUGACAUGGACAUCGACCCGAGCAGAAAGUAUGCUGUUAUCGGCUGCCAGGAUCGCAGUAUAAGGAUCUUUAACAUCUCCAAUGGCAAACAGAAGAAAGUCUAUAAGGGCUCUCAGGGUGAGGAUGGGACCCUUAUCAAGGUCCAGACAGAUCCAUCAGGUAUGUACGUGGCCACAAGCUGCUCAGACAAGAACAUCAGCAUCUUUGACUUCUACACCGGAGAAUGUGUGGCCACCAUGUUUGGACACUCUGAGAUCGUAACAGGAAUGAAGUUCACUAAUGACUGUAAACACCUGAUAACAGUGUCAGGAGACAGCUGUAUCUUUGUGUGGCGACUGUGUCCUGAGCUGACCAUCAAUAUGAGACAGCGUCUCGCAGAUCUCAAACAAAACAGCAGACCGGUUCAGAAGACUCCUCCUAACCAACAAAACACAAUUGGCACAAGAAAAGAAGUCCACAGUGCUCCGAUCAUUGGCACUAUGUCAUCUGAUAGCGACAAAGAUGUGGAGGAAGAGGAGGGCAUUGAGGAGGAAGAUGAGAUGUUUACGCGUCUUUCAUCUAGCGAGGAAACAGGAUCAUCAGAGGAGAAGCGCAAUAAUCUUAACUCCCAAAUGAAGAAGCAACACAGCAGCGAUGAGCACGAGGGUUCUGGUCCGCGGCCGAGGCGUCGCUGGUCCAGUCGAAUCAGCAGUAUGGAUCUGAAGGUGAAGUCCAUGCUGGACCUGAGGCAGCUGGAGUCUUUCUCUAUGCCCCGCUUCAACAGCAAAACCCCUGAUGUUCAGAAGGAACCACUUCCCAGGAACCAAGGAUUAGGAAGCAACGUCAGCCUGCAGACCAUCGCUGCAUGGGUACCUGAAGAGAAUAGUCCAGAAGUGCAAACUCGUCCUCAGUAUAUCCAGUUGUCCGCCCAAACCCCAGACGCCGAGGUGCUGUACCCCGAGGGAUGUGAAGACCAAAUCAGUCUUGCCGGCAGUGAGUAUCAGGUGAAAAGUUUAGCUCCAGGAAUGAGAUGUGCUAAAGUCAACUCUUGUCCUGAGAAACAAAGUCCAGACAGCGCCUGCUCCAUUGAAUAUUCCAGCAGCUGUCUUUCCAGCCCUGAACAUCCAGGAGAAGACUCUGAGCCUACUGAGCCAUUGAGCGUUGAUGGAAACUCUUCAGAAUUAGAUAUGGAGGAUUUGGAUGAGGAAGAGGAGGACACCUUGAGGAAGACUGAGGUUCAGACCCCUCAGUCUGUGCCUCAGACUCCAGACCAGGAGGCCUUUCUCAAGAAGCACUUUGCCAACCUCUCAGACCUCAACACAUCUGCAAGUUCAACCAGAGUGACCAUAAACAUCUCUGACAGCAUAUCCUCAAAGUUCCUCUCUCAGAAUUCACCUACCAGUGGUUUUCCAUUCCCCUCAAACAAAAGACCUGACAGUAAGACCGCCAGCGGUAUGGUGCGUCCCCUUAUCUCAGAAGUCCGCCCUAUCAUGGAAAAUAAAAGUCCAGGCAGGCAGCAGGAAUUUCAGGUCUCGGAGAGGACAACAGUUCAGCGUUUGAUCCAGAAGAAACGCACACCUGCCACAGACUCCCGCAGGAUGAUCAGUCCAGUCGCUAAAGCUGCUGCAAGUCACAAUGCUUCUGCAGGCAUGAGGAAAGCUCAAUCCAUCCACAACAUCUCUUCUGAGGCUGACAUGGUCCAUGCACCAACUCGUCCAUUUAAGGAAGUCCAACCACAGACCCAGAACCCUGAACGCAGUGUCCACAAUACACCACGGCGUUCCCUUCCCACAGUCCCAGUUACCGGUCCCACAACCACCACACCCACGAAACCAAAGUCCCGUUCCUAUAUGAGCCCCACCACCAGCUCAAUGGCCAAGAUGUCUCGCUCUGUGUCCAUGGGGGACAGUCUGAAUGUGGUAGAACUAGAAGACCCUGGAUCAUCAGACCCACGCCGGGAAAUCUCCAACCCUCGGAGCACCUCCCAGAGCAAGCCUAGUACUCCUGUUUCCAUGAUUUCCUCUCCUAACAGUGCUGCAUCCCCGUUUCCAGGCCCCCAUGUGCCCCAUGCGGCAGUUGUUCCUACGCUCAGUGCUGGCUCAAGUGAAAAUCCUUUCGUGAAAGGUCUUCAAGCCAAACUGACCGGCAGUGCUCGCCCUCUGCUCCAUAUAGACAUUCCCAAUCCACUUCCAGACAAACCUUCUCUGUCUUCCCUUUCACCCAGCAGCAAAUCCCCAAAGUUUGUACAAAAGGAAAAGGGGUUUUCAUGUAGAACCCCAACAACUCCAUCUUCACUUCCUCAACCCAUUCAACUGCCCAGUGGCAUUGUACAGCCACUCACCGCUGUGCAUUCAAACUCAGACUCAGAACGGAUUGACCUCAGUAUGGUACUCAUUCCAGACCAAAAUAAGGACUUCACAGAAUCAGAACUCCAUUCAAACACCAAGCCAGAAAAUGAGGAAACUCCCAGGGAUGAGUGUUCUUCCAUUGGCCAGUGCAAUCUAGGACUUCUUCAGUCUCAGGAAUCAGACACAUGUCUCAACGUGGACUCUUGUAGGAUGGUUGCCAAUGAAUUGCAGAGCAGUUUUAAAAGAGCCUCCCACCUAUAUAAAAUGCUAAGCAACUCCACCGACUCCGGUGAGGAGAGGAGGGAAAUGACACGCGUGCUGGCCAAAGCGUUUGAAGCGAUGAGAGCCGAGCUGAAUUCCCUUCCUCCAUGCGCUCCUUCAGGAUCGCCAAGCACCGACCACACGUACGCGUCGGGCAACCGCGACUCGACUCUGGGUGAUGACCGGACGCUAGCACUUUUAGAGCAGUACUCCAAACUGCUCCUCAACGCAGUGGAAAAGAGGAUGGAUGACAAAAUCUAAGGAUACCAAGCCAUGAUGUGUUUUAAAUAAAGAGAUUGAGAGGAACGCAGCUAUUCUACCUCCAUGUUUAGCGCUGUUACAGCAACAACACACCCUUGGCUUUUCUUGCCAUUUUGAUACUAAAACAUAUCUGCAGAUUAUGAGCAAGGGUUCUUCAUCACGAAGGUUUGUGUUGGCUGCAUGGUACAGCCAUGGAUCCCAUUGUCUUGAAGACGAAUCAUUAAAAGUUUAAUAUGGAUGCAGACUGACAAAUUGAAGUGAAACACUGUUACAGGAAAUGUGAAGAGCAAACGUAUGUUUGCACAUUGCUUGAAUUUGAUAUUUUAUGCUCGAGGGACGGGCAUCCCUGGAAGUCUUAACAAUCCGGUUUGAUCUCACUUUUAACUUUUUAUUACUGAAAUGAUUUUAUACUCUAUGUUGUGUUUGUGCCGAUGCUCUCAAGUUUAAUUGGGACGUUGAGAUGUGUAUUUAUUAUUAUGUGAUGAUGGGUCACCGACACUCUUUGUACAGUGACACCCAGCAGGGUCUGUUUGGUUCGUGAGGAAAGCUCAGUGUCACCGGACAUUUAGCAUUUAGAGGUAAUAAUUAGGGAUGCACCGAAUAUUCGGCCACCGAAAAUUUAUUAAAUUUAUAAAAGACAUUUAUCACAAAACAAUACGGCCGAAACGCAUCCAAGAAGCUUGCAUGCGAUUCCCGGAUUAAUACGCAAAUUUAUGUAGGGAAAGUUUAUCAUUUGCACGUGUUUCAAAGGCUUGCAAAUGUUAACAUUCAAGUGAUUUUAAACAAUUUAACAGCAAAAAGGCACUAAAGUGAGCAGUUUUCUGUAGGCACAGAUGCACAUGCGGUUGAAUGUGUCCGGUCCAGCUCCAGUCAGACGUGAUUAUCACUACGCCCUUCAAAGAUCAGAAGUCUUGAUCUGUAAACUUUAGAGAGAUUUGCGCUACUGUGUCUCACACUGUAGUCCAUUAACAUACAUUUGGUGAAUAGAGCAAUGAAAAACAACAUAAUGGUUUUUUGUGGAACGACUGUUUGUGCUGCACGCUUGAAUUCGCCCUUCGUCUGUGUGUGCGCACGCGUUUAAGUGCACUCAGUAGUGCAUACACGGAGAGACGCGUUUCAAAAAGCAAGCAAACAUAAAACUUUCUGUUAUUGACAGGGCACAUACAAAAAAAAAAUCUCCACAGUAUUCUUUUUCUAAUAAAAACAUUCGUUUAUGUCUUAAGUGUAUGUAUAGAUUACAGGCAGAAACCAGUCUGUGCUUAUUUUAAAGAGACAGUAACCUCAAUUAAUCCACUUAAGUCUGUGUCAAUAAUGUUAAUCAAACAACCCAAGACAAAGAGAAAAUCACUUCUGUAGCUCUAAAAAAGAAAUACAUUUAAUUUAUACAAUGAAGUGUUAUUAUUCAUUUCAUUCGAUUUCUGUACCUAAUGCUAAUUUUAGACCUUAAACUUUGUUCUUUUUUAUAAAUGUUUGUAAUUUCUUUAUUUGUUAUUAGAUUUUUCCCACCCCUUUUUUGCUGAUCUGAAAAAUAAUUCGAAAAACUGUAAUGUGAUCCGAACCGUGAGUUUUGUGAUCCGUCACACCCCUAGUAAAGUUAGUACACAGUCAUAGCCAUAAAUGCAAUGGUACUAAUAAUUGGCAUAAUUUUAUUUCCGUGUUCCGGUUUCCGGCCUUGGUUUCCUCUUUUUCGGUUUCAGCCAAGAAUUUUAAUUUCGGUGCAUCCCUAGUAAUAAUGUAUGGGGAAAAACUUUCACGACAGCUUGCAUGUUUAACUAACCCGAAUUGAAUGAUGAAGAUUUUGUAUGCAUUUUUUUCCAGAAGCUUUUGUACUUGAAAUGGUAACUGUCUGUCUCAAGGAUACAGGUGCCUUAAUGUUGACCAGCAAUUUGAUGAUGAAGAAUAAUAAAUCUGGCAUUUGCAAUUCAUACAAGUUCCUAUAGGCCACUACAGUCGGUUGUGAAUGUCAACCAAAACAAAACUGCCACAAAAACACAACUGAAUGAUUCUGGUGACACCGGGCCGGGGAAGAUGCCAUAACCUAAUAGAUUGAUAUAUUUUAUGAUAGAAAGUUUACGAUUUUGCUGUACUUUUCAAGGAUCUUCAUAAAGGUACGUUGUGAUAUUCCACUAGUCAUUUUCCUAAAACAAAGCAGGUCACUUCCUAAAAAUCCUUACUUUCUGUAAUACCCACCCAUCUGUAUUCCUUGCUAAAGCGUUCUAUUCUGUAUUUCCAUAUUGAUGAUGUACAGUAAAGCACUUUUGUUGUCUUUAAACUAAUAUAUUAAUUCAAAAGAUGGCAUUGUAAUAUGUUACAUGUACUGUAACUGCUUAUCUGUAUGAACAUAGUGUAUUUUAUAAUGUUCAGAUACUCUUAUACUGUUAAAAACUGAAGGUGCUUUUCCAAGCUAAAGUCAGCGAGCGCACACUGUACAAUUUUACCAUUAUAAAUUAUAGUAACGUAUAGUACAAAAUACUGUAGGUUUGAACCCACGGAUCACAUACUGAUGCAAAUGUAGACAGCUUAUCAACUGCUUUUGGUAUUCAUUUUGCUAAAUAUUAAGGAUGUCAGAGUGUGAAACACCCAUUGGUGUUAAAGUCCUACCCACGGUUCAUAUUAUAUCAUGCAGUUUGAGCAUGAUUUUAUACCUAAAAUUGAUUAAAAGUCACUGCAGGGGAGAAAAAAAUUGUACAGGGUGCGUUUUAUUUGAAGACUUUCACUAUCUCGCCACUGUUAUGGUCUCUCUGGUACCGUUAACAUUGAAAUUGUGCAAGUGCUGCAAUGUUAAUCAACACUUCAUUUUUUAAAGGGAUAGUUCACCCAAAAAUAAAAAUUCUGUCAUCAUUUUCUCAACAGGUUCCAAACAUGUAUAAAUGUCUUUGUUCUGAUAAACUCAAAGGAAGAUAUUUUGAGAAUUGUUUGUAACCAAACCGAUCAGAAGCCCCAUUGACUUCCAUAGUAUACUUUUUUUAGGUGGAAGUUAAUGGGGCUUCUGAUCAGUUUGUAUUAACCACAGGGUUCCCACUCUUAAGUCAAAUGUCAAAUUCCCACCUACGUCCAGGAUGCCGUGAGCCUGUAUAAUGUAACCUUGAGUUAAAAAAAAAUGUAGCUUCAAUACGUGAAAUUAACUCUUUCCCCGCCAUUGACUAGUUAAUUAAGAGAAAUGCUUUCUUGCAAAUGACGAGUAUUUCUGGCAAUGCGUAAUACCGCUAUUAUCCACUAGGUGCUCUUCUGCAACUUAUAAAACCCGGAAGUAUGUCCGUGUAUGUUUUGAGGAUCGCUUUAAAGCUGAUCUCUAUCAAAAGUCCUUCACAAAAAUUGAAUAAUCUCAGCUUUUUGAAGAAACCUACCCAUAUUUGAGAGGCAAUAAAAAGAGAACUUAUGAAGAUGAAACAGGUUUUUUUGGAAGGCAUUAAACUGUUGUGAAAAUCAUGAAAAUGCUGGCGCUGGCUGGCAACUUUUUAAAAAACGCUGGCGGGGAAAGAGUUAAUGUACAGUGCCAAUACACAGUUGCUUUAAUUGUAUGGUUAUUUAAAUGGUAGUCCUUAUUUCACAAGUUAACAAGCAGAUUAUUUUGAUAAAUGGAAACUAAAAUUUAAAGCAACAAACAAUACGACUUGGUCAUAAAAAUAAAAAAUUCCCUGACUUUCAGUGUCUGAACCCUGUUACCAGAACAAAGAAAUUUAUACAGGUUUGUAACAACAUGAGAGUGAGUAAAUGAUGACCUAAUUUGUAUUUUUGGGUGAACUAUCCCUUUAAGGCCAGCCUAAAUUUACCCUUUUAUAAAACCCUUUUACUAAUGUCAGUAAUUUUGUGAUUAUAUUUAGCCAUUUAAAGGUGCAGUGUGUAAUUUUUAGCAGCAUCUAGUGGUGAGGUUGUGAAUUGCAACCAACGGCUCAGUCCACUGCUCACCCCUCACUUUUGAAACGCAUAGAGAAGCUACGGUAGCCGCCACCGGAAAAACAUGUCAUCAUUGGAGACAACUUAGUAAAAUAGUUUGUCCGUUAAGGGCUUCUGUAGAAACAUGGCGGCACAAAAUGGCGAUUUCCAUGUAAGGGGACCCUCUGUGUAUUUACAUAAAAAAGUCUCAUUCUAAGGUAAUAAAAACAUAACAGUUCAUUUUAAAAAGGUCUUUAUACACCCCUGAUAAUAUAUGUUUGUAUAUUAUGUUGCAUUUCUGUCAAGAGAUCCUUCUAAAAAUUACACACUGCACCUUUAAGCUAGAUAGUAUGCAUUAGACAUCAGAUUCCCCAUUCCAACAAUGCAUGAGCUAAAUAAUAAAGUAACAUCAAAUUCUUGAUAUUGUUAGCUAGUGGGUUACAGCAAUGGUGCAGAGCCGAACAAUAUAUGGAAAGUAGGAUUACAUGGGGAACCGUGUCACAUGAAUCAUUAGCAUGAAACACUACUUAUGCAUGAGGAUCGGUGGAUUUUAGGGUUGGCUUGCUCUUUAAACCAGAACGCAUGCUUGUACGCUUGACUUGCUCCUCACGAAAAAUCAUUUGAACCUUCAGGAUUCAGUUCUCAUUUAACACACAGUACAGGAUGAUUGAUCAAGUUGUAGUCUAGGAUUACAGAUGGACCAGAAAACUUUUUUUUUUUUUCGGAAACUUGUGACUUUGUCAAACCAUUUGCUGUGUUUCUACCCUUAAUGUUUCUAUAAUUUAUCAUCCACAAUCUUUCUCAGAAGUGAAAUGAAUAAAAUUGUAUUUAUUACAUGAAAA